AAAAAAAAAAAAAAAACAGAAACUUGAAUAGACAGCACACACUCUAUAGCAAAAAUCUAUUGCUCAAAUUUCUAGUUAAUCAGGGAACAAUGUGUCAUCUUUUUGUGUGUAGUUAUCAUCUAUUUAUACCCCUCAAUGACGGGCAUUUUAGCUGCUCUGUUCCUCGGCGAGCCGUAUGGGUGGUUAGAGGCGUCGUCUGCAGCGUUAUGCAUGGUCGGUGCAGCGUUGGUAUCGAAGCCGUAUAUACUGUUUGGCGACAGUGACGGAACUCCUGGCGAGAAAACACCUACUCAUGAUGGCCAACACGAAGAGAUCAACCACAGUACGACGACAUUGGCGACGUGCAUUGUUUUUCUUUCCGCCAUUACGGCUUCGUUUACCUACACGAUCGUUCGAAAGGUCGGGACCAAGAGCCAUUUUUUGACGCUUGCAGUGUCCACAGGAUAUAUGAUGUGCUUCGUGAGCUUCCCAGCUGUACUAUUCGGAAUCCAAGAUUUUGUAAUGCCAACAAGCUACAAGGACUAUUUGCUACUUCUCUCCGUUGGUUUCGUUGCUUUUAUCUAUCAAUGUCUGGCGAAUCUAGGAGUUCAAUUAGCUCCAGCUGGGCCAGCAACGCUCAUGUGUAUGAACGACAUUGUAUUUGCGUUCAUCUUUGGAAUUUGUUUCUUUGAUGAAUACCCUGACGUUUUAAGUGUUCUCGGCGCUUUGUUGAUUAUGACCAUGACUAGCAUAGUAGCAGUUAAUAAAUGGAAGAAAAACUGAUGAACAUGCGCCUGAAAGGAAUUGAAAUUGUAUGAUAAGCAGGUAUCAUUGUUGCUCAAGACCGGAGCAUGAUACUGUAUAUAGUUCCAAGUAUUUCAUGCGUAUUGGGUAGAUAGAUUUGCCAAGAAAUAAUUGACUGGCGUGAUACAUUGAACCCUACUACAUGUAGUAUUUCUCAGAAUCCAAG